CCUCUUGCAAAUACCCUUUUCUUUUCAGCUCUCUUUCUCUCACUAAACCCACAGUUUUUUCCACAAACACACACACACAACCAACCCAUCUCUCAUCUCUCUCUUCCCAUCUCUCUCUCUCUCUCUCUCUCUCUCUCUCGAGUCUUAAGAGUGUGUUGUUUGUGCCAGUGGCUAUACAAGCUAUGGACAAACGUCCCCGGAAUCAAGCCAAGACCACCACUAGUAGUACCACUUCUGAAGAAGUAAGUAGCAUAGAGUGGGAGUUCAUAAAAAUGACUUCACAAGAGGAAGAUAUCAUCAACAGGAUGUACAGACUAGUUGGAGACAGGUGGGAUUUAAUAGCAGGUCGAGUUCCAGGGCGUAAAGCAGAAGAAAUAGAGAGGUUUUGGAUAAUGAGACAUGCCAAAAACAAGCCACCAUAGUCCUCUCCAACAAACUUCAUCACAGCUUUUACUUAUUUCUUUUUUUCCUUUUUUUCCCCUUCAUUAGUUGCUUUAGUUUCUUAUUGUAUCAAAUUUAAUUACUCAAUUUAUAAACUUUGUCCAAAUAUUUGAAGCUUGCUAUAUAUAUAUAUAUAUAUGAAACUUAUUUUCUAA